AGCGUCUCAAGAAGAAAGAUCCAUUUUGUGUAGAAAUAAGUGGUUUCCAGAGGACGGCCCCAAUGACAGAACUGUCUGCACAUUUACCCCAAUUUCAGCAUGGGCAGCUGACAGAAAACUUCCCUGAUAACCACCUGAGCAACACCCAAGAGUCCCUGGCCUCUGCUCUGUUUAAUACUGAUCAGAAUGACAACAGCGAACGACGUCGCCAUGAUAAUAGUGAUCGCAGAAGAAAUGACAAUCCCGAGUCUGAGACCAACGGGCAGCCACAAAACAACAUUCAGCAAGUGGUGGAACAAGACGAAGAAGAAGAUGAGGAGCUGACACUGAAAUACGGGGCAAAACAUGUGAUUAUGUUAUUUGUACCUGUCACGCUUUGCAUGGUGGUCGUUGUUGCAACCAUCAAGUCUGUCAGCUUUUAUACACGCAAGGAUGGACAGCUCAUCUACACUCCUUUCACAGAAGAGACAGAGACAGUAGGACAGAGAGCCCUGAAUUCAAUUCUCAACGCCGCUAUCAUGAUCAGUGUUAUCAUUGUCAUGACCAUACUCCUGGUUGUGCUUUACAAAUACAGGUGCUACAAG